AGAAAUGCACGUUCCUCGGCAUUUGGUUUUGAUUUGGAACGAGUAAUACGACAAUCUUUUCCAUUCCUAUGUGUCUCCUCCUUCCUUCCAUACCCUCCAAAUUAUCACCAAAACAAAGAUUCAACACAUUCAAAUCCUAAUCAUCAUUUCCCACAUUCCAUUUUAAUCACUGUAACAUUGCAGCAAUCGUGCAUGCAUUACAGUCUACUACCAUAAAGUAAUGGUUUUAUGGGUGGUUGUUGAAUCUUUUUUUUUUUUUCGUUUAGUAAUGAUUUUAUUGCCAUUCGUGGUUUUUGUACAGCAGAACUGUUAGAUAGACCAUUUGUCUUCAAGCUUUUCAUCUGAAAGGGGGUUCUCUCUAUAAAUCUUGUUCUGAUAAAAAAUCUCUCUUCCAGGGAAGGAGGAGGGUGUUUUUAGAUUCCUGACAGGAUGAGAGGAGCUGUUCUUGUAGCCCUUGCUGCUGCAGUGGGGAAUAUGUUACAAGGAUGGGACAAUGCAACCAUUGCAGGGUCCCUUCUUUACAUCAAGAGAGAGUUCAAUUUGCAGACACAACCGACCAUGGAAGGGCUAAUUGCAGCCGUGGCACUUAUCGGAGCCACCAUUAUUACAAUAUUCACGGGACCAGUAUCAGAUUUACUUGGAAGGCGCCCAAUGUUGAUCAUUUCUGCAAUUAUGUACUUCCUUAGUGGUCUAGUGAUGGUAUGGGCUCCUAAUGUUUAUAUCCUUAUUUUGGGAAGAGUAUUAGAUGGGUUUGGGACCGGUCUUGCUGUUACUCUUGUUCCAGUAUACAUAUCUGAAACAGCCCCACCAGAAAUCAGGGGACAAUUAAAUACUUUUCCUCAGUUCAUGGGUUCAGGAGGAAUGUUUGUUUCAUACUGUAUGGUAUUUGGAAUGUCGUUGAUGGACACACCAAACUGGCGGUUGAUGCUUGGGGUUCUAUCAAUUCCUUCUAUUGGUUAUCUUGCAUUGACAAUCCUUUUCUUGCCUGAAUCUCCACGAUGGCUAGUGAGUAAAGGAAAGAUGCGCGAGGCCAGACAGGUUUUGCAGAGACUUCGAGGCAGGGAAGAUGUUUCAGGUGAGUUGGCAUUGCUAGUUGAAGGUCUUGGAGUUGGUCGUGAAGGAUCUAUAGAGGAGUACAUAAUUGGACCAGCAAAUGAUGGUGAACCCAAUGAGAAAGGUCAAGUGAAAUUGUAUGGAACUGAAGAGGGUAUAUCAUGGAUGGCUAAACCUGUUACUGGACAGAGUAAUCUUGGCAUGGUGUCUCGUCAUGGAAGCAUAGUAAACCAAAGUGUGCCUUUUAUGGAUCCUCUUGUUACUCUCUUUGGAAGUGUUCAUGAGAAUCUUCCACCAAUGGGAAUGGGAAGCAUGCGCAGUAUGCUUUUUCCAAGCACAGGAAGCAUGUUGAAUAUUAUAGGAAAUCAAGCAAGAACUGAACACUGGGAUGAAGAGAACCCAAGGGAUAACGACGACGACUCUGCUUUAGAAGCUGACAAUGCUGAUUCUGAUGACAAUAUGCGAAGCCCCUUGCUGUCACGCCAACAGUCUAGCGCAGAGAAGGAUUCUAUCCGGCCUGCCAAUGGCAGCAUGUUAGGAUUUGGGCACAAUAGCAGCCUCUUUAGUGCUGUAGGUGAAGAAGGCAAUGUGGGUAUUGGUGGUGGCUGGCAACUAGCAUAUAAAUACUCCGAGAAGACAGGUAAAGAUGGCAGAAAGGAAGGAGGGCUCCAGAGGAUGUAUCUGAAACAGGAAGGCCUGGCAGGUUCUCGGGGAGGGUCACUCCUUUCAAUUGCUGGUGGUGAUAUUUCUCAGGACGGGGAGUAUGUGCAAGCUUCUGCUCUAGUCAGUCAAGCUGCUGUUCGCUCUAGGGAAGUACUUAGUCAGAUUCCAAACAAGCCAGCAGUGACUCAAACAUCAGAAUCACCUGCUAGAGGAUCAAGUUGUACGGAUCUUUUUGAACCUGGUGUUAAACGCGCAUUGAUUGUUGGAGUAGGCCUUCAGUUGCUUCAACAGGUCUCUGGAAUAAAUGGAGUUCUUUACUACACUCCUCAAAUUCUGGAGCAAGCAGGCGUGGCAGUUCUUUUAUCAAACAUGGGCUUGAGAUCAGACUCUGCAUCUCUCUUCAUAAGUCUUCUCACAGCAUUCUCAGUGCUGCCUUGCAUAAUUGUUGCCAUGAGAUUGAUGGAUAUAGCAGGCAGAAGGUCAAUAAUGUUAUACACAAUCCCUGUCUUGGUAGUGUCACUGGCUGCUUUAGUACUUGCCAACAUCAUCCAAGUUAGCUCAGUUUUACAUGCACUAAUCUCGACAGGAAGUGUUGUGAUGUACAUAAGCUUCUUUGUGAUGGGAUUUGGAGCAAUUCCUAACAUAAUCUGUGCAGAAAUAUUCCCAACGAGCGUGCGUGGGCUUUGCAUCACACUGUGUGCUCUUACGUAUUGGCUUGGAGACAUCGCAAUCACUUACUUGCUUCCUAUUCUGCUAAACUCCAUUGGCCUUUCUGGUGUCUUUACAAUCUUUGCCAUUUUCUGCAUUGUGUCAUGGUUAUUUGUUUUCCUCAAGGUUCCUGAGACAAAAGGCAUGCCUCUUGAGGUCAUAUCUGACUUCUUUGCUGCGGGUGCAACUGCAAUCCCCAAAAAUGACUGACUUCAUCAUCCUGAAUUUUAGCUGUUUCAGAAUACAUGUGCUGCUCAAUUUCUGUUAGGGUCAUUCUUCAAAAUUGAAUUAGCUUAAAAUAAUAUCAUGAUUACUAUA